GAAACAUUUGUGUUACCCUUUCUCGUAUGCGCUAAACCAGAUCCUUUCUCAUAUUCAACGUCUUCUUGAUCAACCCAGGAAUUAUAUCAAACGAUAACGCAUUUCAUAGUGAAAGCACGCAGGUGCUGUGAAGAGCCAUGAAUCUUCCCAAAGGUCCCGAUUCGCUUUGUUUUGACAAAGACGAAUUUAUGAAGGAUGACUUCGAGGUGGACCGCUUCGUGUCCGAGUGCAGGAAGCGCGUCUCCCUGGAGGAGAUGCGCGAAGACCUCGAGUUUUACUACAAGCUCCUGAAAACAGCAAUGGUGGAGCUGAUUAACAAAGACUACGCAGACUUCGUCAACCUCUCCACCAACCUCGUUGGGAUGGACAAAGCCCUGUACCAGCUGUCAGUGCCUUUGGGACAGCUCCGAGAGGAAGUGCUGAGCCUUAGGACAUCAGUCCAUGAAGUUAUUGAAGCCAUAGACACUCUGCUGUCCAAGCAGGAAGAUAUCCAGAGGAAAAAGAUGUGUGUGAUGAGGCUCAUGCAAGUGGUGCGAUCCGUUGAGAAGAUCGAGAAAAUUCUCCACUCACAGAACUCCAAAGACAACACUUCACUAGAGACUAGCAGCCCUCUUGUGGCAGGGCAGAUUCUGGAGAGGAUUGCCACAGAGUUCAACCAGCUGCAGUUCCACGCAGUGCAGAGUAAAGGCAUGCCUCUUUUGGACAAAGUGCGGCCGAGGAUCGCGGGCAUCACGGCCAUGCUGCAGCAGUCUCUGGAGGGCCUCCUCAUCCAGGGCCUGCAGACCUCUGACGUGGACAUCGUGCGCCACUGCCUCCGCACCUACGCCACCAUCGACAAGACGCGCGACGCCGAGGCCCUGGUGGGACAGGUCAUGGUGAAGCCCUACAUGGAUGAGAUCAUAACGGAGCAGCUGGUGAAGUCGAGCCCCAGUGGUCUGCAGGUGCUGUACGGCAAGCUGCUGGAGUUCGUGCCGCACCACUGCAGACUACUGCGGGAGGUCACCGGGGGAGCCAUAUCCAGUGACAAAGCUGACAUUGUGCCCGGCUACGACUUCCUGGUUAACUCUGUGUGGCCCGAGAUGAUCAAGGGGAUUGAGGAGAAGCUGUCCUUCCUCUUCAAUGCCGGAAACCCUGACGUCUUCUACGAGAGGUACACCAUCACCAUGGACUUCGUGGGGAAGUACGAGAGGCAGUGUGCGUCGCAGGCCAGUGUGAAGCGGCUGCGUCAGCACCCCUCCUACCAGAACUUCCACAACAAGUGGAACCUGCCCGUCUACUUUCAGCUCAGAUAUAAGGAAAUUGCCAGCAGUUUGGAAAACGCCAUCGCCAAUGGACUGAAUGCUGCACCAGUGGGGAGUGUGUAUCAGCUGCAGGUGUCUCAGGUGUUGUGGGAGUGUGUGUGCCGCUGCUGGGCCGACAGGAUCUACCUCCCCCUGCUGGCCCAUCGCUUCUGGAAGCUCACGCUGCAGCUCUUCUCACGCUACUCCAAGUUCCUCACAGAGGUACUAACGAAAUCUCCCUCGGCCGAGGUGCCCAAAGACUCGAUUCGGCCGCUGCCCAGCUCCGCCUCCUCCACGUCCAGCCGCACCUCUCAGGAUGCCGACAGCGAGAGCGGAGGGCCAGCCACGCUCUCCACCAAACAGCUCGUCUUAAUCGCUGCAGACGUGGAGAAACUGCAAGAAGAGAUUCCACAGAUCACUGAGAUAAUCAGAGAGAGACUGGAUGCCAUCAGGUUUAAAAACUUCACUGUUGUCACAGAGGCGUUGGAGGAUGCCAGGGGUUCUCUGACCUCUGCGAUGCCCACUCUCAGUGCGCGCAUGAACCAGCUUCUGACCGAGCGAUGCUUCCGUUUCCUCAAAAGUGCAUCUGAAGUGCCCCGCCUUUAUAGGAGGACUAACAAGGAAGUGCCCACAAGGGCGUCGGCGUACAUGGACAAUGCGCUGGCUCCGCUGCACCAGCUGGUCAGCAACUCCAAGGAGCUGGUGAAGGCCCCCCUCAUGCUGCAGUGGCUGCAGGUCACCCUCUCCGACUGCACCCACAGGUACUAUGAGACCAUAUCUGAUGUGCUGAGUUCCGUGAGGAAGAUGGAGGAGAGCUUGAAGCGUCUGAAGCAGGCCAGGAAGACCGCCGCCGCCAGCACGGCCGGAUCCAGCGGAGGACCCAGCGACGACAGCAAGAUCCGCCUGCAGCUGGCGCUGGACGUCGAGUACCUGGGGGAACAGAUUCAGAAAAUGGGCCUGGAGCCCUCCGAAAUCUCCAUGUUCUCGUCCCUCCUGGACCUGGUGCGAGAGGCCCGAGACAUGGCUGCAGCAGAAUGAGGGCCCUCGAGGUGAGGCGAGGUCCAAUAGCCUGGAUGGGGGCGUACCUGGGGGAACAGGUGAGGGGCACUAGAGGACCUGGAGAUGUCCGACUGUCCGUCUCUUCUACUACUGCUGCACUGGCACCAAAAGCAUCUGGAUAUUAGAUGGCUGGCCAAAAUUCAGCACAGACCACGCAGAAUGCCUUUGAAGAAGGGUUGGCCAUGAUGGUAAGAGGGUGUCACUGUCGGAACACCCAAACCUCCCCCACCCCCCCUCCAUUUAUUUGUGGACAAUGUGCAAGUAAUUCCAUAAAUUUUUUUUAUUCUGAAAGUUUAUAUUCUAAAAAAAGGUACUCUUGAAAUCAUUUGAAACUCAAUGAAAUGCAGAGCAUGGAAACCUGCACACGAUCCCUUGGGACUCCUUAUUUAUAUCACAAAGAACACUACAGCCCUCCGACCGAAUUACAUCAUGGUAUGAACCUCAAAUAUCAUUGCCAGACUUGUCUACCACAAACUGACGCGAUCUUGAUUUUCUGGAAGUUUCGGUCGUCCCACACUGAGCCGGAUGAUGGUGAACAGUUAGCCACAUUUACAUUGGCAUUUUUCAUCAGGUUAAAUGUAGAAAACAAUUAAAUAUGCACCAUGUGAACAGUUGAAUCCUCUCCUUUAAAUAAAAGUGACAUAAAUAUUUAAACAGAUGAUAUUAUGUGGUUUAGAAUGCUCAUAUAAAACCAAUUGAACAAGGAAACUGCCCAUGAAAAUCUUUUUUUUAAAUAUAUUUUUUGGUUUAAACGGAAAGUGUCCAUGUGAAUAAGGCUGAUGAAUCCUACUGUUGCUACUGUGCCUGGCACUGGCAGAAUGAUUUGAAAGUUCUUUGGGUUGAUGGGAAGUAUAAUUGUAGAGAGAGGGCGAUGAUUUUUCUGUGAUGAAGAAUUAAGAUUGUUUAAAUAAAAAAAAUAUACGUACUUUAAUCAAUAAAUAUUUUUCCGGAA